GCUGCAGGACCAGGCCAAGCAGCCCGAAAUCCACCCCGACAGUUCAGCACUUCGCAGCGGCGCUCGCUCGCUCCCCUCAUUUCCGCCGCCGGCUCCCCCAGCUGCCUCCGCCCGCCGCGGCCGUAUCCACAUCCGUAUUCGCGUCAACAUCCGCAUGGCUCUGCACGCCUCGCCGCCGCUCUGCACCGCGGGCCGCCGCCUCCCGUCCUCACCCCCUCGCGCCGGCGGCAGGCGCUCCCUCCCCGCAGCCGCGAGGCCCCGCAGAGUCGCCUCCGCCGCGGCGGCCUCGCCUCUCCGGACGCGCGCAGUUCGAACAAAGGCGGCCUUAAGCAGUGAUGGUGCCCCUGAAAUGAGUGAUUCUCCACAUGUGGUGUGUUUUGGAGAAUUGCUAAUUGAUUUCAUUCCAACUGCCAAUGGCGUAUCAUUGGCAGAAGCGUCAGCCUUCAAGAAGGCUCCAGGGGGUGCGCCUGCCAAUGUUGCAGUUGGAAUAGCUCGUCUUGGUGGGUCAUCAGCUUUCAUUGGAAAGGUUGGUGAUGAUGAAUUUGGCUAUAUGCUAUCUGAUAUAUUGAAGCAGAAUAAUGUAAAUAAUCAAGGACUACUGUUUGAUACUCAUGCUAGAACAGCUUUGGCUUUUGUUACACUCCGAAGUGAUGGUGAACGUGAAUUUAUGUUCUAUCGUAAUCCAAGUGCUGAUAUGCUACUUGAAGAAAAAGAACUCGACCUUGAUCUUAUAAGGAAGGCAAAAAUAUUCCACCAUGGCUCAAUAAGUCUUAUAACUGAGCCCAGUAAAACUACACAUAUUGCAGCUGCCAAAGCAGCCAAAGAUGCUGGGGUACUUGUUUCAUAUGAUCCGAAUUUGAGGCUCCCAUUGUGGUCAUCGGCUGAAGAUGCUAGAGCUGGUAUCCUGAGCAUAUGGGAAACUGCUGAUGUUAUCAAGAUAAGUGAAGAGGAAGUUUCCUUUCUGACAAAUGGGGAGGAUCCAUAUGAGGAUGCUGUUGUAAAGAAACUUUUUCACCCAAACCUGAAGUUGCUUCUUGUCACCGAAGGUCCGGACGGCUGUAGAUAUUAUUCUAAGGAAUUUAGUGGGAGGGUUAGUGGACUGAAGGUAACUGCUAUUGACACAACCGGUGCUGGAGAUGCCUUUGUUGCUGGAAUGCUAUCUCAAUUAGCCACAGAUUUGUCACUGCUCCAGGAUGAAGGCCGGUUGAGAGAAGCCCUGAAGUUCGCAAAUGUCUGUGGAGCUCUCACUGUGACAGAGAGAGGCGCAAUUCCCGCGCUGCCCACCCGGCAACAAGUGCUUGAUGCCCUGACCAGUGUUGUUUCUUAAAUAAGCCACGCAUGCCUAGUAAUGGAACACAUAGAGCAGGUACAACCACCAGAAAAAUUGAGAGCAGGAACAACUAGUAUGGCCAAGGCUUCCGGUGGCAAACUAGUAUGCCUGCCCAUUUUUGGUUGCUCCCCUACCAACAGGCCAACUCUCACCCUGUCAAUUAAUAACUGUGGAGCAGUUCAAUUUUUGCAACAGGUUUGGGAUAUUAGAUUCAUUUUAAAAAAAAUAGAUCUUGUCCGUACGCCCGGGAGCAUAUUAAUUUUUAGAGU